AUGGUGCAGAUUUUAUGUUUUAUAUUUACUCAACAUCUAUCUAUCUAUCUAUCUAUCUAUCUAUCUAUCUAUCUAUCUAUCUAUUACAUUCUGCUUCCUUCUAUCGCAUUCUGUUUCUAUCUAUUACAUUGUGUUCCUUUCUUUCUUUCUCAUUCUGUUUCUAUCUAUCUAUCUAUCUAUCUAUCUAUCUAUUUUUGUCUAUCACAUUCUUUUUCUUUCUUUCUUUUUCAUUUUGUUUCUAUCUAUCUAUCUAUCUAUCUAUCUAUCUAUCUAUCUAUCUAUCUAUCUAUUUCAGCCAGUUCAUCUCUCUAUCUCUCUCUAACUCAGCCCGUCCAUUAUCUAUCUAUCUAUCUAUCUAUCUAUCUAUCUAUCUAUCUAUCUAUCUAUCUAUCUAUCUAUCACAUUCUGUUUCUUUCUUUCUUAUUCUGUUUCUAUCUAUCUAUCUAUCUAUCUAUCUAUCUAUCUAUCUAUCUAUCUAUCUAUCUAUCUAUCUAUCUAUGUGUAACAGGCGACCGACGCAAUUUAAACAUUUAA